GAGUAGCGAGAAUCCUCAGCCAUGAAGGAGGCGUCACAGAAAUCGAGGUUUUGCAAGCUGCUCUGCUUCAUGACACAGUGGAGGACACGGACACCUCUCCUGCAGAACUUGAAGCCAAGUUUGGACCGGUCGUGGCUCGCAUCGUUCAGGAGGUGACGGAUGAUAAGAGUCUGCCCAAACAGGAGAGGAAGCGUCUGCAGGUGGAACAUGCGCCUCACUGCAGCCACCAAGCCAAACUGGUCAAACUGGCUGAUAAACUAUACAACCUGCGGGAUCUGAACCGCUGCACCCCUGCUGGUUGGACAGCCGAGCGGGUGCAUGAGUAUUUUGUGUGGGCCUCUGAGGUAGUUAGAGGCCUGAAAGGAACCAACUCGGCUCUGGAAGAGAAGCUGGAGGAACUGUUCAGACAGAGAGGAGUCCAGCUCUAACAACACAACAGCUGAGAACAGGCCAUUCAGAUUACAAAUCAAAUACACUUUCAUUUGUAAAUAAAUGAAAUAAAUCAUAUUUCAUAUAAA